UCGCCCAUACCAUGAUCAUAAUUACUUGGAUAGAAUAUCAUAAAUUCAUAAUGAUGAAUCCAGUCUACCGGUGAACUGCGGAAAUUUCCUCUCUUCGACUUGAAACUGAACUUUCACUCCCCGUUGCAGUAAAUCAAUUAAUUCCGAAACAACCCAAUUAGAUGGCAGCAAAUGCAUCAAUUGAAGAGCCGAUUCCCACAUCGGCGGUGUUAAUGGCAUCAUCAAAGCACAUUGGAAUUAGAUGCCGCGAUGAAAAUGUCGCAUUUUUGAAGUGCAAGAAGAAAGAUCCUAAUCCUGAGAAAUGUCUUGAUAAGGGUCAACAAGUCACUCGUUGUGUUUUUUCCUUGCUGAGGGACCUUCACCAGAAGUGCACAAAAGAGAUGGAUGCAUACGGCCAUUGCAUGUAUUACCACACAAAUGAAUUUGAUCUAUGUCGCAAAGAGCAAGAAGCGUUUGAGAAAGCAUGUCCUCUGGAAUGAUGGGAAGUGUGGCAGAUCACAGCUGGAUUAUAUGCUGAUAGUAUUUAAGCUGAUUCCUGCUGUUAACUCUGUUGAAUCGUCGAACAAAGUUGGUGAUCUCCCAGGAGAGAUUCAGAACUAAUAAAUUUUUGUAAUGGUGGUUAUAAAAUCACCAUGAUUGUGGUAUUUUUUGUCUCUUUUGUUGAUCAUACUGAUGGUUUGUUUUGUCUCCCAAGACAGCAGAAUACAAAUUUUAUUUUUGCUGCUUCGUUAGAUCUAAUAUGCCAUUAAGCUGUGAAGUUAAUUAUCCUUUAUCCUACAUUGGGUAUUGAUUGACGAGGGACUCUUUGGUCGCAUUCUUUUUUAUUAAUAUGGGUUGUCAUCU